CUGCCUUCUGCUUCUCUGUUGCUCUCUUGAGAGCUGUAACAUCUGAAAGGAGUCGCCAUAGCCAAUCAUCAGUGUGAAGCUAGUAAUAUUAGCAGAACAAGAGGACACAAGAUAUUGAAAUCUUCAUCACUAGCACAGACUGAAGUACCUUAGUUCAUCAAACCCUUUCCACCAUAAUGUUUCCGGCUCUUGCAAUUGCUACUACCAUACCCUUUGCACAUAAUGCAGCAAUCCAUUUCAUACGACGUCCCACUUUGAGCACUCUGUGCAUUUCUUUUUCAGCUAGUCUGGGCACUUGCAGUGGUAGAGAUAGAUCAGUAUAUAAACCUUUCUCAGGCAUUCAAACAAGCAAAGAAAAGAUUCGGGAAUUAUUUGAAAGUGUUGAACUUUCUGUUUCUCCAUAUGACACUGCAUGGGUGGCUAUGGUCCCUGCUCCACAUUCCUCAGAACAUCCCUGUUUUCCUGGAUGUUUGGAUUGGGUGUUAAAUAAUCAAAAUCAAGACGGAUCAUCGAGCCUUCAUCAUGCUUAUCCCAGAUUUCUUAAAUAUGUUCUCUUAUCAACUCUAGCAUGUGUUCUGGCUCUGAAAAGAUGGGGAACUGGUGAAGAACAAAUAAAUAAAGGUUUACUUUUCAUUGAGUUAAAUUUCGCAUCUGCAGCAGAUAACAACCAAAUCAACCCCACCGGUUUUGAUAUCCUAUUUUCUGGGAUGCUCGAUUGUCUUAGUGCUUUUUCUUUGAAGCUUCGCUUAGACCCAAGAACCUUAAAUGCAUUGCUUCAUAAGAGGGAUGCGGAGCUUCACAGGUGCAAAGGAAAUAGCUCAAAGGAGUUUGAAGCUUACCUUGCAUAUGUAUCUGAAGGAUUAGGAUUUCUGCAAGACUGGGGAAAAACUAUGAAGUUCCAAAGGGAGAAUGGCUCUUUGUUCAAUUCACCUUCUACUACUGCUUCUGCACUUAUUCAUCACCAUGAUCCUGAAUGUUUUAGUUACCUAAAUUCUGUUUUGGAAACAUGUGGGAACGAGGUUCCAGCAGUAUACCCUCUUGAUGUAUAUGCACGGCUCUGUGUUGUUGAUAAUGUUGAGAAAUUGGGCAUUAGUCGCCACUACAAUGAAGAAAUACAAACUGUGUUAGAUGAAACUUACAGCCGCUGGUUGCAGGGGGGUGAAGAGAUCUUUAUGGAUGCUUCCACCUGUGGUUUGGCAUUCAGGUUGCUGCAAAUGAGCGGCUACAACAUUUCUUCAGGUCCAGUUACUCACUUUCUGGAGGAGAGCAUCUGCAAUAUUACUGCUGGUUAUCCAAUGGAUGUAUAUACUAUGCUGGAUCUCUAUCAAGCACUGGAAAUAAUAUGUAAUUUUGAUGAAUAUGUUUCUGAAAAACAUAACAGGUGGUUUGAGAUUUUGAGAGAAGAACUUUCUAGUGAUUUAUUGUGUUCAGAUAUCCAUACUAGACAGAUUCAUAAACAGGUGGAGGAUGUGCUUAAUUUUCCUUUCUAUGCAAAUUUAGAACGAGUUGCAAACCCAAGGUACAUAGAGCAUUACAAUGUAGAUAGUACCAGAUUCUCCAAGACUUCAUAUGGUUCUCCAAACUUUUGCAAUAAAGAUUUUCUAACUCUUGCUGUUCAGGAUUUCAACAUUUGCCAAUCUAUACAUCAUGAAGAACUGAAACAACUUGAAAGGUGGGUGGGUAGUAAAAAAAGCGGACUGGAUAGGUUGAAGUUUGCCAGACAAAAGUCUGCAUACUGUUACUUUUCAGCUGCAGCAACACUUUUUCCACCCGAACUGUCUGAUGCACGUCUCUCGUGGGCCCAAAAUGGUGUUUUGACUACUGUAGUAGAUGACUUUUUUGAUGUUGGAGGUUCUAUGGAGGAAUUAAGAAACCUUUUUCAUUUGCUUGAAAAGUGGGAUGUAAAUGCUAGCACUGACUAUUGUUCAGAGCAGGUUCAGAUCAUAUUUUCUGCACUUCACAGCACAAUUUCUGAGAUCGCAGACAAAGCAUUUAAAUACCAAGGACGUGAUGUGAUGAGCCACAUAAUUGAGAUCUGGUUGGAUUUGAUGAAUUCUAUGUUAAGAGAGGCUGAAUGGACAAAAGAGAUGUCCGUGCCGACGUUGGACGAGUACAUGCAGAAUGCUUACAUAUCCUUUGCCUUAGGACCAAUUGUCCUACCGGGCCUCUACUUAGUCGGGCCAAAGCUCUCGGAGGAGAUCAUCCAGCACCCCGAAUACCACAGCCUAUUCAAGUCAUUGAGCACUUGUGGCCGUCUUCUAAAUGACUUAAAGGGUUUUGAGAGGGAAUCAAAAGAAGGGAAGCUAAACUCUCUGUCAUUGCUGGCCACUCAUAGCAGCGGGGGUGUGGCUGAGGAAGAAGAAGCAGGUGUGAGAGAGAUAACCAAUUUGAUCAGUGCUAAAAGGAGAGAGGUGCUGAGGAAAGAAAGAAGAUAUACGGAAUGCUUGUACAAUUAAGAGUGUUACUUUGGUGCACCUAAGGUCCAUAAUUUUUUUUAGACCUUCUCACCUAAAAAUAAAGCAAAUGUUUACCAUGUUACCGACUCAUUUUAUUGUCCCACAUGGCUCAAAUGAGGGAUUUGGUGAUGAGUUUAUAUAGCCAAAAGUUUUUCCACCUUAGUAACUACAUUU